GCGGCAGAGCUCACAUUUGGUCUCCCAACAGUUUUCCGCGCACCAGAGGACUGGCAAGCAGAAAUGAAGGGUGAAGUCUUUGAUCUCGUGCAGUGCUCCCAGCGAAUCUACACGGGGGAUGCCGCCAAAACUUCGCAAGCUUCGCAAGUUAUGUACUGGUCCGGCUUGAUUGGUGGACUGGCAACAAUGGAAGUUCUGAUGCUUCAAGGUGCGAAACAAUUCACGCCUUACGUGACCUGUGAGUUCAAAAGGGCCUACUGCGUUUUCAGAUCCGCUUUGAACAUACUUGCGGACCGGGCCAUCGCCCAGGGGGAAGCAAAAUAUCAUAUGCGGCCAAAG